CACUACUAGCUUGCCAACCCACUACAUGAUACUUUGAUAAUUUGUAUAAGUUAUUCAACAUUUUCCUUAUCUUCCAAUAUAUCGCCAUGCCUUCUGAGAAAUCAACAUCCUUAAAAAUUGAAAAAAAAGAAAUUGUUUAUAUCAAACCACUGAUCUCGGUUUCUCCUUGUACUCUUUCUUUGUCCAUACUGGAUCGUAAAGACAUUAAUAAUAACCUUUGUCAAACUGUUCAUGUUUACCGUCGAUCCUCAUUGGAGAAUCAUGAUUUUGAUUCGGGUUCCAACUCUUAUGUUAUAUUCAAAGAAGCACUCUCAAAGGCUUUGUGUUUUUAUUAUCCUCUUGCAGGUAGACUAGAGAAACCUUCCGAAAAUGAAAACCUCCGAGUCGUGUUCGAUGCCAACAAUGCAGAAUUUGGAGUUCCAUUCUUGGAAGCAACUGCUAACUGCAGCCUUGAUUCUCUUAAUUACUUGGACAAUGCAGACACAGAAGUGGCAAAACAAUUGGUGUUUGAUCCUCCUUCCCCUCAAGAUAAGUGUUACCCAUUGGUGGUAAUGGUAACACAAUUUAUUUGUGGUGGCAUAACCAUUGGAAUGGGGUUGUCACAUGCCGUUUGUGAUGGAUUUGGUGCAUCUCAAUUUUUCAAUGCAAUUGUUGAAAUUGCAAAAGGAAGAAAUGAGCCUACGGUUAAACCUAUAUGGGAAAGAGAGAUAUUUGAUCAUUUAGUAGCUACUAAAAAACCAAUCCAAUGCCUAAUGGAUAAAGAGUCUUCUACCUUUUCACCAUUACUUCAACCUGAAACAGUCAUAAAGCAAUACUGCUUUAAGGUCAAGGCUGAGGAGAUACAAAGACUCAAAAUGAGGUUGGUGGAGGGAAAUGAUAAAGAAUCAACACAUAUCACAACGUUUGAGUCGCUAGCUGCCUAUGUAUGGAGGGCUAGAGCGAGAGCCUUAAGACUCCACAACAAUGGAAAAACAAUGCUAACCUUGUUAGUUUCCAUGAGAAGAAACGUGAUGGAGAUUCCCUUGCCGAAAGGUUAUUAUGGGAACUCCAUCGUGGACGGCAAUAUUAUUUUAAAUGUAGCUGAACUCAUUGAAAAUCCACUCAACGAAAUUGUUCAACGAAUCAAAACGGCAAAAAAUGAUGCGUUCACCAAAGAUUAUAUAAAAAAUUACAUAAUGAAUGCUUUGGAUACAAACCAUGAGGAUGAGUUCAUCAUGGAAUCUAGUGGUGCAGUAACAGUUUUGACAGAGUGGAAGCAUUUGGGCUUUCAGGGAAGCAUUGAUUUUGGAGGAUUUGAAGCAGUUAAUUUUGUAAUAGCACCAUGCAACAUGUUUCAACUUGUCGGUACAUGCAUCUUCAUGUCUCCAUGUAAACUUGAUGAUCAAGAUCCAUCGAUGAAAGGAGGAGCAAGGAUUUUCAUAACACUCCCUGUUGAUGCCAUGCCCAAGUUCAAGGAAGAAAUGGAAGCGCUUAAUGUUUCUUAAUUGAACCUCUGUUUUGGCCUUUGCUUUUUGAACAUUCAGUUUUCAUUUUAAAUUUUAAUUGGAUUAUGCUUUUGUUUUCAAGUGUGACUUAUGUC